CAGAAAGGAGAGGGGACCACCUACUGGACACAAGAUCACAGUAGUUGGAGUAGUGAGGCUGCUUCUGGGGUCUGAUUUAAGAGCAAGAGCAAUAAUCAGGCAUAAAAAAUGGCAUAUCUCCUCAUGUUUGUGACUCUGCUGCAUCUAGUCACUCUGGCCAUGCUGUUUAUCUCGACCAUGGAGAAGUCCUGGUGGGUGUGGGACGGGAUGGAGAAUUCAGACCUAUGGUACAACUGUAGGUAUGACAACUUCUCAGGAACGUGGUUGUGCGCUUCCUCCAAAGAAAGUGAGUGGUUGCAUGCAGUUCAGGUCUUGAUGGUCCUUUCUGUGGUCUUCUCCUCUGUCUCCUUCCUGGUCUUCCUGGGUCAACUGUUCACCAUGUCCAAAGGCGGACUCUUCUACUUCACUGGGCUGUGUCAAGUCUUUGCAGGCCUGACCGCCUUGUCUGCAGCCCUCAUCUACACAUUACACAACAAGGAAAUCCUCCAGGACACCAGAGAAGUGGCUUCAGGACACUUCGGCUACUGCUUCAUCUUAGCCUGGGUGUGUGUGCCUCUCCUGCUGUGUAGUGGAGUCAUUUAUGUCCACUUACGCAAAAAAGAGUGACAGUACACAGCUACACAAUGGAAAAUAUCGCUAGUGAGCAAGCCUAAAGGCAUUCCUUUUUUUAAAUCAGAAAUUUAAAUUUUUCAGACACAAACUUGUAAUGUAUGUAUUGCACGCUUUGUUUUUGUAAUGUAAAAACUCAAUUGAAAUUUUAUACAUUAAAGUCUAUCUUGUUAACAGGGGGUUAAACCCUCACUGUGAAUUCAUCGUAUACCAUGUUCUCACUUUGCUCAAACUAUACCAAUGUGAAAUACUAUACAUUUUGUAGUGAAAACACUUUAGAGAGAUGCAUGCAAAUAUAUAUAUAUUUUUGUAACAGUAGAAUUUGUAUUGCAGUAAUAAAUGUUACUCAAAGUAAC